CCGCGCGAAACUCUACGCUCGACAACGUUCCGCCAGCUUUACUUCAACGGCCAGUCAUCGCACGCCAAUCGCUUAGUCUGUCAACUUCAUUACGAUCGGAAGAAUACGCGUUCGAUAUAUCGACUCUGAGAAUAUUGUGUUCUCCAAGUCGAUUUAAAAUGAUACACGUGCGAGGUGUUCUCACUCUCAUUGUGAAUUUACGCAACUGUACGAGAGUUGUUUGUAAACUAGUCGCGAGCGAGACUAAUCCGACGUCAGUAAUCAUUUUAUAGCGCAUUCGUUCGCGGAAUUGAGCACGGGGCCAAUUAAACGCGUGAUUCGAUACAUGCAAUAUUGGUUCGUCAGUGGCUAUUAUUCUAUAUAAUGGCAAAUAAAUUUUUCAACUAAGUAUCUUUUUCGUAUAAAUAAUGUCAUAUUUAAUACUCUGCUGAAAAUACCGUAAAAAAAUGAUUACACUAAUUCCAAAAAUUAACACUCACAUGUAAUUAAUCUCGGAGUAAGUUUAAAAUCUGGAACACAACUUAUGAAUUUUUAACAAAAAUUAAAAAACAUCUAAAAAAUCGCGCAUUUGGUUUUUUUAUUAUUUAAUUAAAAAUUUAAAUUAAAAUCAUCUCUAUGGUUUUUCAAAAUCAUUAACUUGUUACAUAAAAAAUAGCGUAGUUGUAAUUUUAUCUAUGUUAAAUUCAAACAAAUAGUCUUAUCACAUUUGCCGUAUUUAUCAUGUUUAUUAAACUAUUACGACAUCAAAGUAAAAAAAAGUUUCGUGAGCAAACGAAGUGUUAUUGGAUGACGUUGUUUUUGGUGAAAAUUUUAGUUCGAUAAUUUGUUCUUUGUUCGGUAAACGAUGGAAGCUUUUAGAGAACGACGGCAAAAUGUACGCGCGGAUACUGUCGAGCGAUGCGUUUAUAGAUGUAAUAAAUCGCGGCACUGCGCGGCACAAUGAGAAGAGCUCGCGUUGAAAAUUUAUUAAAAUCCAGGCGUUUAUAUAGAAACCCCGGUCUUGUCUACGCGCACACAUUAACGAAACCGUCGAUUGGAUCGAUUUUACAAUACAAAGACUCGCGUGAAGCAACACGUAAUAAUUUAUAACAACUGAUUCGGCGAACACGCCAAAUUAAUUCAACGCAACCUGAGGAGAAAAUAUCUCAGUUAUAUUUUACACGACACUUCCGAACGUGAUCGCGAACAAAUUAAUCUGCGCGAUUAAUUUUAACUUUCAAACUUUCGAAAUCGACAAUGCCUUUGUCCGCAAAGCGCGAUAUGCGUUUCAUUAUUCUUCAUUUCAGUCACGGCUGAAUUGACACGUGAACAAAAUACACAUUGAAAGAAGUUCUAUCAAAUAUAUAUUGAAUAUAUGUUGAAUAUAUAUAGCACGAAACAUUGAUUCGACAGAUCUGAUAUUCAAAACUGUUUUCAUUAUUUUGUCACUCUACAUAUGUAUACCGAAGCAACAUACGAACUAAAGUCCGCAAUAUAAAAUUUUCUUUGUUUGCAGAAAUUAAUUGACGUACAAAAAGCUAGUUGAAAAACAUUGAGUAAAGAAUAACGCGAUAAGUCUAGAAAUUUCUGUCAUUAAAGGAUAUAUUUUAUAAGAUUUGCAUAUAAAACAAAAAAAAACAUUUUGCAAAAGUAUUUUGCUUAUCUCUUUGCGGUAACAUGUAACUGUCUUCUCUUCGAGUUUUCGCGCGUGUAUUAAAUGUCUCAACAAUAUUAAACUUGAGUGCGAGAAACUUCGACAUCGAACACGUAACUACUGUGAACCCGCACGGACCGACAAACGUUGGCGUGCAGCAGCUGUCGCAAGACAGAAACGCACGAGAAGCGCUCACGCUGCCGUCGCGACGAUCGGCAGCAGCAUGUUUUUGACAGCACGCGCACGAUCGCGGUCGCACGCAGCGCCGAUGUGUGCGACAGGAAUCAUCGACGUGUACACGAGCAGCACGAGCGGCAACGACACCGGCACGUAGCCGCGAAAGGAGCCCUCCUCCCUCCUGUGAUGUCGAUAUCCCGGGCGCGAUCCUGGCCGCUGCUGGAUACAACAGCAGGCAGAGAAAGCUGCGCCGGUUUCGUCGACGACUCGUUCCUGAGAAAGAAAAACCGUCCGGCCGAAACCAGCGAUUCCGAGGAUAAGAACAAUAUAGCGAUUGUUCAAUCCGACGGCAGCCCCCAGGUGCAAGCGAGACGGUUAUUGUGCCGUCAUUACUAUCCGGAGGGAGGAUGGGGAUGGGUGGUCACCAUCGUCGGUACUCUGGUGCAUCUUUUGGGACCGGGUCUCCAAUUCUCGGUUCCGGCCGCCGUUGCGUUGCCCGCUAAAGUCAAGUUCUAUCACCAUCCGUUAGACACAGCUGGAUGGCUGGGAGCAAUGUCGACGGGAGUCGCUUUGCUGGUGUCGCCAGUGACGAUAGCAUUUUGUCGAAGAAAAAGUACAAGAGUCACGGCAGUUUUGGGCGGUCUUGUUACCGCGCUCGGUUGCCUCUUUACUUCCUUCGCUUCGCAGUUUCACCAAUUGUUUCUCAGCUAUGGCACUAUGGUCGGAAUCGGCGUUGGGAUGACGCGGGAUUGCAGCACGUUGAUGGUGGCGCAGUAUUUUAAGAGAAAAAGAGAACUAGUCGAAAUUUUCAUUGUGUCCGGUAGCGGAUUGGGUAUAGCUGUCAUGUCCGCUUUCAUAAAAGGCGCAAUUACUAAAAUUGGAUGGCGACUCGGUCUCCAGGCUGUUACGGGAGUGGUUUUUCUCACUUUUAUUCUCGGCACUUUUUAUCGUAGCGCUUCGCUAUAUCAUCCUCAAAGAAGGGCGAUCUUACACUUGAAGAAUCAAAAGCGCAAAAUAAAGGACAAGAACAAAGCCGACGACAGGUCGCCGUUUUUCGAUUUCAGCACUCUGAAGAGCAAAACAGUCAGAAUUCUCUUGGUAUCCACCGGGAUUUCAGCAUUUGGGAUCAAUACGCCGAUAUUUUACCUGGCUCAUCAAGCUGAAGAAGACGGUCUCAGCGAGGCGGUUGUCCUGCUGCAGGUUUAUCUCGGAUUGGCUUGGACUCUCGGUUGUGUAGCUUUCGGACUUCUGGUUGUUCAUCGCAGCGUUGAAUGUCGGAUAGCUCGCCAAUAUCUCACGCAAGCGGCCGUCUUUGUGUGUGGAGUCUGCAUUCUGGCUCUUACUGCCGUUCAAGGAAAUUACCAUGGCUACGUUAUGUUUGCUUGGAUUUAUGGUAUCUUCUGCGGCGGCUACCAUUACAGUCUGAAGAUGUAUACGUACGAAAGAGUGAGAGCGCGUAACUUCGCUAGAACAUGGGGUUUCGUUCAGUGUUCCCAAGCGAUACCAAUUGCGAUCGGAGUACCAAUAUCGGGUUAUAUAAACGUAGGCUGCGGUAAUAAGGCCGGAUACUACUUCAGUUCAACAUGCGUCCUGGUGGGUAGUUUCACUCUCUUCUUUAUUGAUUUGCAUAGAAGAAACUUAUCUAGACACAAACACACCAAACCCAACGGCAUGAAGCACAUAUGCGCUUCGAAUAACUGUCCUCAACGACGAAGACCGUCGUUCAGUCAAGAACCUGAAAACGAACCUCAUGUGGCAGCUGCCGGUGCAACGGCUGCGGCGCUAGACUUGGGAACCGACAUUGUUCCAACGCAAGGCGAAGGAGUGGAAAACUUGGGAACGGACAAACCGGAGCUCACGUGUAUCUCGGAAGAGGGUAUCGCCGACAUGGAUUUACCCGACAACGUGUUGGAAGAUCUCGAUUAUAUAGGCGAUUGCAUAACUUCAUGCAACAAAGUCGAGAACUAUCUUAUGUUGUCGGAGUUCGAGAAUAACUUGAUCGCCGAGAUGCCAAUCAUUAUGGAUCGUCGUGGACGCAGGUGGUCUUUGGCGCGAUCUAAAACCGGUCAAUCUAACUGCGGUCAGGCUAGCGGCGUGCAAUUGUCGACUGAGGAGGAAGAGAGCAAGUCGAAGUGGCGUUUCACGAAUGUAUCGCCUCAUGCUAACAGCAGAAUGAUUACCGUUAUCGACGAAGCCAGCGCGUAACUCGGAAAGUGUCAUUAAUCUCAAGCUUGACAAAAUUGAAAGAGUAAAUCUAUA